GGAAUAAGGGGAGUGUGGAUUAAAUUGCCUAUUGGACUUGCAAAUCUUGUUGAAAUUGCAGUCAAGGAGGGAUUUUGUUACCAUCAUGCUGAGCCAACUUAUCUCAUGCUUGUUUUCUGGAUUCCUAAGACUGAGAACACCCUUCCUGCAAAUGCUUCACAUCGGGUUCGUGUUGGUGCUAUUGUACUGAAUGAGAAAAAAGAGGUGCUUGUAGUUCAGGAAAAAAGUGGUCAUUUCCAAGGAACGGGAAUUUGGAAAAUUCCUACUGGAGUUGUUGAACAGGGUGAGGAUAUCUUCACGGCAGUUGUAAGAGAAGUCAAAGAAGAGACUGGAAUUGACACCGAGUUUUUGGAAGUACUAGCAUUCAGGCAAUCACACGAAUCAUUCUUUGUGAAGUCAGACUUAUUCUUCAUAUGCAUGUUGCGUCCAUUAUCCUUUGAUCUUCAGAAGCAAGAGCUAGAGAUUGAUGCAGUCCAGUGGAUGCCAUUUGAUGAAUUUGCAGCUCAACCUUUUGCUCAGAAGCAUGAGCUAUUCAGAUACAUUACAGAGUUAUGCUUAGCAAAGGUAGACAGAUCCUAUGCUGGAUUUUCUCCACAGCCAAUAACAUCAGCAUUUUUCGAAGGGUUCAAUUACCUUUAUUUUAACAACCAGGACCUCAAUCAGAAAAUGAAGUAAUGAGAAGAGAUCUGGCUUUCUACUUCAUUUUCCCUUGAAAAAUGAGGGAAAUUACAGAAUAAGAAGAAUAAAAAUAUCAGAAAGCGAAGAGAUGAGAUCUUUCCUUGUUGUGCGUGUCCUGGUUAUUCUUUGAACUGAUGCUCUUCUUUACUUCUUUCUUCUGCUAAGUUCUAACAGACAUGGUCUUCUUUAUUUCAUUGGAGUUUAUGAGGAUCACACCUCUGUUCUGCCACCACCCUCGUCUCCACUCAACCAUUUUUCCCUAACUGUCGUCUAGAAUUUCUGUAAUUGAUUUUUGCAACUGAAUAAAGUUCAAUGGAGUAGUAUUUAGGUUAGACUGCAGGAUUCAAUUCAAAUUGAAAGAAAUGAGAAUCAGAGCUGGGCUCAAAUUGAAUGGCAGAUAAUGUAUCAGAGCAGACCAUGACUGUUAGUAGAAGAAAGAAGGAACAAGAAAAGCAACACUUCAAAUAAAUGACUAGCAGAUAUUCACAACAAAGAGGCAGCAGUUUUCAGGAUCUCAGGCAGGAGGUGAUUUUAGCAUCUAGUCCUUUGGCAAUAUAUUCUCUUUUAUUUUGAUUAUUGUUACGAUGUAUGCAAUGGUUAUUGUCAGUUAACAUAUAUAACGAGGCAAAUUUAAUGUUAGCAUUCUUUUUGGCUAUGUCAACUCUCAGGCACUGCAACAAUCAUUGAUUCUGAAUGUCACCUCCUAUAUAAAUUUCUUUGUGGCCA